CAUACAGUUACCUCCUGUAUAUAGCUUAAGUGUAUAUUGUAAGACAAUAGACAGGAAUAUCGCUGUCCAACAUGGUUCCCAUGCUUACACUGAGGGUGACAUUGGUCUUAAUGGUUAUAUUGACUGAACUGUACGCAAAAGAAACCACACAGGACUUCAUCAGUAAAUACAACAAGUACAACACCGUCUGUCGAGGAAUGGGAUACGAAACAAGAACUUGCAAAGGAAAAGAUCAUGGAGUCAUAGCUUUUCAUGCACGAACGUCCACCAGUCUACAAAAUCUUGGUAACUAUGCUGUUGUUGUAUUUGGGAAAGUAACUCUAAACUCUGGAUCUGCCUAUAACGGUAAAACAGGGAUAUUCACAGCACCACGAGAUGGUAUUUACUCCUUCACAUGGACUAUUUUGACGAAGGAUGGGUCAUAUUUUAACACACAAAUUGUCAUCAAUGGAAAAAUAGUUGGCUAUAAUAAUGCUGACGGUAAGAGUGGUGGUUCCGACCUUGAGUCUUCCUCAGCAACAGCCGUGAUUAGAAUGAAGAAGAAGGACAAGGUCUGGAUAAGGAUACAUGGUGGGCAAGGGAAAUAUGCAUACAGUGACUGGUCGUCAUUCUCUGGGUUUCAAUUGUAAAAAAAAAAUGCUUUAGAAAAAUAAAGAAAUCAAAUAUCUUG